AUGUUUCGCUUCGCUUCUCGAAGAGGUGUUCACACAGUUCCCAAACUCAAAGACGCCGCUGUUUUGGCUGAUAAGGGAGUCCAUAACGUUUUGAGUGCGGCUGGAUUCAAGGUUGCCUGGACGGAGUAUCAAAGAAGCUUGUGCGACAAGCUGACAUUAGCAACCUCUGGGACUUCUUUAGAGGCGUACCUGCCAUUCCACUUGAUCCUGAACACUGCUAAGAAGCCAUUUCAAACGAACAUCUUCAAUCUGGCCUCGGCAGCCCACAACAACCAUUUGUUUGUGGAAAAUAUACUGCCUGGCCCAACCAUUACGUCACCCUCAAGGUUGUUCAGAAGCCGCAUUGAAGAACAGUAUGGCUGUUCGUGGGAGGAAUUCAAAGAAGAGAUGGUACGCCGAGCGGAAUCGGAUGUCCUGGGCCAAGGCUGGCUCUUUUUGGUGGAAAAUAGCGAGAAAGAAAUUCACAUUCUAACAAUUCAGAAUAACGGUACUCCAUACUACUUUCCACGCAACCAGUCGUUUGACUUGAACUCGGCUUUGAAACUGGAAGAAUAUUCACAGCUGGACGCCAUACAGGCGUUGGUGAAAGAAGGAAACAAAAUUCGCGACUGGACCAUGCCCUUGAUAGCGGUUAGUCUGUGUGAUCAGGCGUACCUGCACGAUUAUGGUGUCAAAGGAAGGUCUCGAUACGUUAAGAAUGUGUUAGACAACCUGAACUGGUCUGUUGUAAACAGUCGACUCUACACCGGGUUGUCCUGA